AUGAUACAACCGAUUGAAACUCGACAAGGCCCAGACCUUUCAAUUCAUCUGCUCGAUCCCUCCGCGCCGCUGUACCCCGGCUCCGUCAUCCGCGGCCACGUCACCCGCAAAUCGCACAUGGUCGCCGCCUCCGCUACCCUCCGCAUAUGUCUCAUCGGCGACUCCGCCGCCCGGCUUCAAGUACAACAAGGCAGAUCCGUGGUCAUACUCGGUGCGGGCUUCGAGUUCUGGAGCCGCAACGCCGUGUCUCAAGUCAUCCACCGGGGCCCAGUGCACAUCGCACCAGACUCCGACACCGCUUCGCAGACCUGGCCCUUUACGCUGGUGAUACCGAAGCACACGGAUGGCAAAGCCCUGAAUUCGGGGCUAAGAAAGAUCGAACGGGAGGCGAGCUACCUCCGCGCGCCGGGGGACCCGAACGGCAAACAGCCUCUGCCGGAGCAGCCACUGCCGGCGACGUCUGGCAUGAAUAUCUGUGACGGGUACGGGUUCGUGGAGUACUACCUGGAGGCGGAGAUACUGGUCGAGGGGAAGAAGAUGGAGGCCAUCGAGGCGACACUGCCUGUGCGGGUGUUGUCGCAGCCGGCGCCGGCGUUAGUCACGGAUUUUGAACUGCAGGGCACGACGACGGCAGGGUGCGUGACGAGCCAUCGGCUCGCGCCGGGGAUGGAGCACGCGGAGCUGACUUUCAAUCAGAAGAGGCAGAUGUUCCUCGGCUCGAAGAGGGUGCCGGCCUGGCAUUUCAACCUGCGGGUGGAGUGUGCCUCCGUCAUCCAACUGGGCAACCCUGCCUCGAUUCCGUUCAGGCUGAAGGUCACCCCUGACUGUAUGAAGAGCUCCGAGAUUCUACGAGAUGUCCCGCAGAAGGUAUAUCUGACGAACGCGGUGAUCAACCUGAUUAGUACGGGGCGUGUGUCAUGCCCGGGCUCAGGAGAAGUGCAUGAGGGAACCAGCACAACGACGUUACCCCUCGGCCGAACGAUCGCGAGCGAGACUGGGUCACCCUUGAUUCCGUCAGCCGCGGGGGAGAGUGCGUUGGAUCUGGGGGCGCUCUUGGAUGCGUCUGCGGACCCGGAGCUGCACGAGCAAAGACGUCAUUAUCCAUUAAAGCCAGACUACGCUACGUACUGCUUUUCGCUUUCACACACUUUGAAAUGGGUGUUGCAUCUCGUCAUCGCGGGAGAGUCGUGGGAGUGCAGCGGGUCUCAGAAGGUUGUCGUGCUGCCGGCGGCUGAGGGGGUGGCAGCUGCAUAG